AAACCCCGUCGCCAAUCGCCUUUCGCCGACCGCGGGCCCUCAAACACCUUCCACGUGCCUUUCGUCCCAUCUCGUCCAAAUGACGACCAGUUUUCAGUCCGUCGGAGAGGCCUUCACGAAGACGUAUUACAGCCUCUUCGAUUCCAAUCGCAGCCAGCUCCUACCGCUUUACCGGGAGCAAAGCAUGCUUUCAUUCGAGGGCUCGCAGUUCAUGGGCGCACAAGCGAUCGUGAACAAGCUCGUCGAGCUCCCCUUCCAGCGCGUCAAGCACGAAAUCGUCACGUGUGAUUGCCAGCCGACGAUGGCCGUGCAGCCGAACGGCAUCCUGAUUUCGGUGAGCGGCAACCUCGUCAUCGACGACAACGUCAACCCAAUGAAAUUUGCUCAGUGCUUCCAUCUGCUCCCCGAUCCGGCUAGCCCCAACAACUUUUGGGUCCACAACGACAUCUUCCGUCUCAACCUAGGAUAA